AUAAUAACAUUUCAUAUUUGUAACUCUCUUGAUAAUGUUGAAAAAGUUCUGUAGAUCAGAUUUCUGACUAGAAAAAAUUGACUUCAAGUGUCGAAAAUUCGUGGAUAGCAGAAAAUUCAAUAAAAUAUUGAUGCUGUUAUAAAUUUAAAUAUAUGUUGCGUACAAACAAUAGUUUUCAACAUUUUGAUCAAAGUAAAUUUCGUGAAUAAACAAAAACUGUUUUAAUGGGCUAUCACAUGCCAUAGCAUAAUGAAGUUUUCCACAGCUUUCGUUUUACUUAGAAAUAAGAAAAAAACUGAAAUCAGUAGCAUUCUUGUUAUAUUUCGUAAUAUAUGUGUGUCCAUAUGAUUUAUAUCACAUUCCAUUUUAAAAUUCACUAAUAACAUUUAUUUACUAACAUCAUUUUGCAAGCAUUCAUUGAAAAUGGCAAAGUUUAACGAAUCAAUUGACAUGGAGGUUCCAGAAUUCAAGGAUUUUGCCAAAGAGAUGGUCGACUACAUCGCCAAUUAUCUUGAGAACAUACGUGAAAGGCGUGUAUUGCCAAAGGUUGAGCCUGGCUACCUUGCACCGCUCAUUCCGGAUUCUGCUCCAAUUAAGCCCGAAAGCUGGCAAGAUGUGAUGAGUGACAUUGAACGCGUUAUAAUGCCAGGUAUAACGCACUGGCACAGUCCACGAUUCCAUGCAUAUUUCCCCACUGCCAACAGUUAUCCGGCCAUUGUUGCGGAUAUGCUCAGCGGUGCAAUAGCGUGCAUUGGAUUCACUUGGAUCGCAAGUCCGGCGUGCACUGAACUUGAGGUCGUAAUGCUUGACUGGUUGGGUAAAAUGCUUGAGUUGCCGGCUGAAUUUUUGGCUUGCUCCGGUGGUAAAGGUGGCGGCGUGAUUCAAGGCACCGCCAGCGAGGCCACUUUGGUUGCAUUGCUUGGAGCUAAGGCAAAAAUGAUGAAGAAAGUCAAAGAAGAACAUCCAGAUUGGGAGGAUUCCGUUAUUGUUCCGAAACUUGUUGGCUAUUGUUCGGCCCAAGCUCAUUCAAGUGUUGAGCGCGCAGGUUUGCUUGGUGGUGUAAAAUUGCGUUCAGUUCCAGCGGAUGAAAAUAACCAGCUUCGAGGCGAGACUCUUGAAAAGUAUAUCCGAGAGGAUCUCGACAAAGGUCUCAUCCCAUUUUAUAUCGUUGCAACUCUUGGUACAACCAAUUCGUGUGCUUUUGAUCGUUUGGAUGAGGUCGGUUUGAUUGGAAAGAAUUUCGACAUUUGGGUACAUGUGGAUGCUGCCUACGCUGGUUCCGCUUUCAUUUGCCCCGAAUAUCGUCCCCUUUUGAAUGGAAUUGAAAAUGCCGAUUCAUUCAACUUCAACCCGCACAAAUGGAUGCUUGUCAAUUUCGAUUGCAGUGCGAUGUGGUUGAAAGAUCCAAACUGGGUUGUGAAUGCAUUCAAUGUUGAUCCAUUGUACUUGAAACAUGAUCAACAAGGUUCGGCUCCUGAUUAUCGCCAUUGGCAAAUUCCACUUGGCCGUCGAUUCCGUGCGCUGAAAUUGUGGUUUGUGUUGCGAUUGUAUGGCGUGGAAAAUCUUCAGGCCCACAUUCGUCGACACUGUGCGUUUGCCAAGCAAUUUGAGGCUCUUUGUCGCAAAGACGAUCGAUUCGAAAUCUUCGGAAAGGUUCAAAUGGGCUUGGUAUGCUUCCGUUUGAAGGGAUCAAACGAAUUGAACGAAGCCCUGUUGAAACGCAUCAAUGGCCGUGGUAAAAUUCACUUGGUUCCAUCGAAAAUCAAUGACGUUUACUUUUUGCGAAUGGCCGUUUGCUCACGAUUCACAGUUUCAGAGGACAUGGAGUAUUCAUGGGCCGAAGUCGGCGCAGCUGCUGACGAAGAAUUUGCUGCUCAAAACAAAAACUAAUCGAAAAUGAGACAGUAUUGAAACCAGAUUUCAUGAAGCUAAAUAGCAGUGUUAUUGAUGUUGUAUCCAAACGUUAACACAAAAUUGGGACCAAUCCACUAGAAAUAUUCGUUGUCACGUUGUAAAUACGAGUAAUUUAGUUCAAUGUUAUUACUUAGCUCUUAGAUAUUUAAUUUCACAAAAAGUUUAACUUAUUCUAAGCAAAAAGUUUUAUUCAUUUUGGAACACAGUUGUCAUUGUUAUGAGAAAUGCUUAAAAAUAUUGUAUUGUUGGUGUAAAAUGUUAAUAUUUAUUCGAAAUGUUAAGUUCAAGCGAUUCAAUAAAAAUUUACGCUAAAGCAACAAUAA